AUGACAAACCAGUUUACUGUAUUGGCAGACAAUCCGGUGAUUGAAAAACCUUUACUUGAUGAUCGUUCAUACAGACUAGUCAAACUCAAGGACAACAACUUGACGGUGUUAUUGAUUAGCGACCCAACUGCAGACAAAUCAGCUGCAUCUUUAGAUGUUCGUGUGGGUUCUUUUGCUGAUAAGCAAUAUGGUAUCUCCGGUUUGGCUCAUUUCUGUGAACAUUUAUUAUUUAUGGGGACCGAAAAGUAUCCCAAGGAGAACGAAUAUUCCAAUUAUUUAUCCAAGCAUUCUGGCCAUUCCAAUGCCUACACGGCUGCCGAGCACACUAAUUACUAUUUUCAAGUGGGGUCCGAUUACUUGGAAGGAGCAUUGGACAGAUUUGCCCAAUUUUUCAUCAGUCCAUUGUUUAGCAAAACCUGUCAGGACCGUGAAAUCAAUGCUGUUGAUUCAGAGAACAAAAAGAAUUUACAAAAUGAUAAUUGGAGACUAUUCCAGUUGGAUAAAGCUACUAGUAACCCAUCACAUCCGUAUAAUGGGUUUUCAACAGGUAAUUUCGAGACUUUACAUGUCGACCCACUUAGCAGAGGCUUGGAUGUAAGAGAGAUAUUAAUUGAGUUCUACACCCAACACUAUUCUGCCAAUUUAAUGAAUUUGGUUAUAUUGGGAAAAGAGGAUUUGGAUACCCUUUCAGAUUGGGCUAUUGAGAAGUUUUCGGAUAUUCCAAACAAGGACUAUCCUGGUGCAAAUUACAAUGGCGAAUUGAUAUACAAACCAGAACAGUUGGGUCAGUUGAUAAAAGCUGCUCCAAUAAAUGAUGACCACAAAUUGGAGUUAAGCUUCAUGAUACCAGACGACAUGGAGACAUAUUGGGAUAGCAAACCACAAAAGUAUUUCUCUCAUUUAUUGGGUCAUGAAUCUAAAGGUUCAUUGGCAUACUAUUUGAAGCAGAAGGGGUUGUGCACUGAGUUGUCCGCAGGUGGUAUGAAGAUUUGUCAAGGAUGUUCUUUGUUUUAUAUUGAAAUCCAAUUAACUCCAAAGGGUUUGGAACAAUGGGAAGAUAUUAUCAAGUGUACCUUGGAAAACGUGAGAUUUGUCACCGAAGACAAACCACAAAAAUGGAUAUGGAAAGAGAUCGAAGAAAUGGCACAGAUUAACUUCAGGUUCAAACAGAAGGCCGAGGCUUCAUCCACUGUUUCUGGGUUGAGCAGCAAGUUGUACAAGUUUGAUAGGUUAAUUCCUCCAAAAUACCUUUUAAGUGAUUCUAUUACGAGAACAUUUGCUCCCGAAGCUAUUAAAAAGUAUGGUCAGUAUCUUACUGCGGAUAAUCUCAGAGUUAGUUUGGUUUCACAAACAUUAACUGGAUUGCACAAGGUUGAAAAAUGGUACAAGACCAAGUAUGCGGUGGAGCCGAUCCCAGCUGAGUUGCUUACUCCGGUGAGUUCUAAGAUCGACUUCCAUUACCCUGAUGCAAAUGAGUUCAUCCCAACAGAUUUCAAAGUUUUGGCGCUGGGCCAUGGCAGCACCGCUGUUGCUCCGCAUGUGAUCAGCACCACCAACAAAAUGAACGUGUGGUUCAAACAGGAUCAAACGUUCAAAGUUCCAAAGGGUACGAUUCAGAUCGCGGCACAUUUGCCAAGCUCCAACAGCGAUGUCUUGACUUCUGUAUUGACUAGUUUGAGCAUUGAGUUGUUCAAUGAAGCCAUUAAUGAUGUCAAUUAUUAUGCACAAUUGGUGGGUAUGAGGGCCACGGUUCACACAUGGAGAGACGGAUUCGUUAUCAAGGUGUCUGGUUACAACGACAAGCUCGAUGUUUUGUUGGAACACGUUCUUUCUGAAUUGUUUGCAUUCAAACCAUCGGAAUCAAGCUUUGAGUCGAUCAAAUAUAAGUUGCUUAAUAAUUGGAAGACUUUCUUGUUCAAAGAUCCAUUCCGUCAAAUUGGAGUUCAAAUUCUUCACUUGCUCAAUGACAAGCUAUACUUCCAAGAUGACAAGAUCAAGGCAUUGGAAGGAGUGACAUUCGAGCAGCUUCAACGUCACUUCAGAGACACCAUCUGGGAAGAAGGUGUUUUUGCAGAGGUAUUGGUGCAUGGGAAUUUUGACAUUACCAAAGCAAGAGCAAUCAAAGACACCAUAAAUGAUUCUAUAAAACACAUCAAGCCAUGGAUGGAAGAGUACGAUGAAGAGAAAUUCCACUUGGAAGGUUAUGUCUUUGAACCAGAGGAGGUGAUCCGCUAUGAGAUGUCAUUGAAGGAUGAAGCAAAUAUCAAUUCGUGCAUUGAGUACUAUAUCCAGAUCGCACCAAAUGCAGAUGAUUUGAAAUUGCGUGUGUUGACAGACUUGUUCUGUACAGUCAUCAAGGAACCUUGUUUUGAUCAGUUGCGAACAAAAGAGCAAUUGGGAUAUGUCGUAUUUUCGGGAAUCCAUUUGGGCAGAACAUCCCUUGGUUUUAGAAUCUUGAUUCAGUCAGAGAGAACGUGUGAUUAUUUGCAAUACCGUAUUGAAGAGUUCUUGAACAGUUUUGGAAACUUUGUCAACAACGAAUUGACGACCGAGGAUUUCAUCAAGUUCAAACAUGCAUUGAAGAAUAUCAAGUUGACCAAAUUGAAGCAUUUGAGUGAAGAGACUGGUCGUCUCUGGUCGAGUAUUGUGGAUGGUUACUAUGACUUUGAUGGAAGAACGAGACAGGUCGAAGUAUUGGAGGACAUAACCAAGGCUGAGUUCAUUGAGUUUUUCAAUCUGUAUAUUGCUAGAAACGACAAGACUGGUAAAUUGAUCACGUUCCUCAAAUCACAAAACCCAAUCGAGUUCACGGUGUCAAAGAGGUUACAAUCCGCUAUAGUCAACUAUUUAUACCGCCAUGGAAUCACCGUUGACCACGAGUUCAUUCAAGGGUUGGUAAAGGAGUUUGAAGACCACAAGGAUUUAGCAAAAACUAUUGAGCAAUUACAUGGUGAGAUUAAGACAGCUGAUAAAGACGAGUUAUUCCAUGAAGUAUCUAAACGUUUGAAUAAUCCUGUUCCAGAUGGUUACCCAAGUGGGGAGUUGGUUCUAAACCACGAGCAAUUCAGAAAGAGUCAUAAAUUAGGAGGUAAACCAAAACCAGUCAACCCGUUGGUUGGUUUUUUAUAUAAUGAUCAGUUACAUUUGUAA